CUCGUCUAUAAGUUGAACUGUGCCUCUCCCACAUGACCCUUCUUUGUACCUCCUGCCUAACACCCCCACCCCGUCCCCUUCCCCUCUUGCUUGUUAAUACUCCUUCCCCCUUCUCUCGUUCGCCUUUUUUCCCCCCCUAAAAAUUAGUCCUCCUUUGGGGGAGCCCUUGUACAGUUCUUAGCUCAGGAACUUUCUACACACAAACAUCAACUCAGAAAGAGCACAUAUUUAUCUUUCAAGAAGAACAAGAAUGAAUCCCUGUUCGAUCCAGCAAAGUGCGUUUGUGUCCCGCGAAGAAAUGAGGAGAGAGGCGGUGGUUUGCCCAAAGCCUCGCCGUCUUAAUUUAUUAAGCGCCACCAUCCAUGAGCACCACCCAGUCAGGCCCUUCAGAUGGCACUUGGGGAGCCAAGCUGAACUAAGCGAUCUGAAAGCAGGGACUGAGGUUUUGGAGAUCAUCCUGACAAAGGGUGGCAAUGGUAUGGAAGAAUUUGGUGCACAGAUGGCCUCGUCGCCCCCAUUUUUUUGCGGGUCGCCGCCGAGUAGAGUAGCUAACCCAUUAAUUAAAGAUGAUCGGUUCGGGGAUGAUAGCUUUGCCCCGUUCUCGCCAAUGUCGCUGAUACCUGCCCCUUCAGGACUGUCCUUAUCUCCAUCAUCGUCCUCGAGGAAAGGAGGUUGCGUUCGUGCGAGUUUUGGGCACAAACCUGCGGUGAGAGUUGAGGGAUUUGAUUGCCUCAACAGGGACCGCAGGAACUGCGGUAUCCCGGCCCUUGCAUAGAGAAAGAGCAGAGACCCGCGAAUCGAACCACAUGCCCACCACUAAAGUUAUCCGUUUUUACUGCUAAACUUGACGAGCUCGAGAGAUUUUUGAAAUCGCGAGGGAGCAUGAAAGAAGAUUGUCCUUUUUUGUUAGUGUAUAUAUAUGUUAAAAAGGGUCCUAUGUAAAUUGAAUGGGAAGUGUCUUGUAAGUAAAUGAGUUGUUGACCAAAAUAAUUGAGAGGGAGAGUCUUCUAGGUGUCUAUUGGUUGGAAAGUUUACUGAGAAACUUGGGCUUGAGCUGAGAUGGGAGAUCAACCUUUUCUCUUAUAUUGUUUUUACCCCUUUGUUUGUCUAUCCUCUUUGGUUUAUUUUGUAUGUAAAGAGAGUCGAAAGAGGAUGGAUGGGAGUUUUCAGAGUAUUUUGAAGUUUCAUGGAGCGGCUUAAAGAGGGUUGAAGUUGUACAAAUCAGGUUGAAGAUGAGUAAUCAAAGUUAGUAAUUUAUGUGUAAA